GUCAGUAAGGAGUAUCGGUCAAUCGACGUGAAGCUAUGCCUCGCGUUCAUGAGCAUGCUGAAGACUGCAGGUGACGUGGCGCGCGUUGUCAGGCUUGAAGUCGAGAAGUUGCAACAACAUCGUGCGAAGCAUGAUAAGAUCUUGUCGGGAAGGGAGGUGAUAGCUAUUCUGUUUGAAAGCUUCAGGUCGAGUGACAAUGCAGACGUCAUGUACAUGAUUGAUAAUCUCAUCCACAUGAAGUACCCUGGUGAUUCGAAGCUUUAUGACUUCUACACCCAGUGGCAUGCGGUUCUGGAGGGGAUGCGGGCAGAAGAUGUUCCCCCUAAGCGUACCCUUAGGGAUAUCCUCUACAAGAAGAUUAGAGAUUCCACGAUCAUGAAGUUUGAUUUGCUCCUCUAUGAUCAGUUUGCGGACUCGGAUCCCAUGAAGACCUACGACCUGUUGAUGAGUUUCAUUGUGAAGCGCAUUAAGCUUGAUCGUGAGAAGAAGAAUCAGCUGGAAAAGGAGAAGGCGUGGACCGAGAUCACGAACCCGAAGCCUGGAGCGCCUGCCACAAAGGCGGAGAAGGAGAAGGCAAAGAAAGAAAAGGAGAAAGGCGACAAGCCCGAUAAGCCCGGAGUCCCUGUUGUUCCCAUCCUAAGGCGAAGACACAUCCACCUCCUGGGAAAGGAAAGGGAAGAGGUGGUCGAUCGAACUCACCGACCUGGGAUGACGUGGGUAGUUCAGUACAACAAGCAGAGCGACAGUGUAGUGCACGACAUCAUUAAGUCCGAGUUCAAGGGACAACAUAGCGCGCUUGCUUCAGUGUCUGAUGAUGCUUCUGGGGAUGAGGAAUCCGGUGGGGACAACGAUCAUGAGGGAUUAGACGUCGUGACCAUGAACAUUGUGGAGUUUGAUGAGAGCGUUGAGCCUUACGUUCUGCCUGAUACUCCCUCUGUUCNNGAGGGCUAUCACUUUGUUUGGUUGUCCGGCAAACAACCAUACCUCAUUACGCCUAGCGGUAAACUCGUUGCUCUUGCAGUCGAAGAUGACAUACCUUAUCACAUUUCGGGAGAUCCUAGGUGCCAACCAGUCGAGCCCACGCAUGAGUUGUCCAUUCCAUGCUUGAUUGAACACUUACGGGAUACUGUGGGCGAAGACAACGAGCCAGCCGUCCCGGCUGAACCUAGUGAUCAAGGUGAUGAGAUGAUUGAAGCUGCAAUUAGAGUUAUCGAGGCGGAUGAUGGAGACGCAAAAUCACCAGUCUCGGGUUUCCCGACCGGUGAACACGGCGAGAGCAGGCGAGAACAGGAUGCACCGGAGGAUGCGGCGCAAGAUGAACACGGUGUGGUGUUAGUGGAUGAGAAUAAUGGGGCCCCAGUCAAGAUGCCAAAGAGGAAGCUAAAAGAAGAGGCUGUGUCUGUGGCCCACUUGAUUUCUCACCGCUUCAAGAACCCGUAUUGUCAGGCUUGUGUACGUGGUAAGAUGAGACACCUUUAUACAAGGAAGGGAGCCUUUCAGAGAGAGCUGAAAGAAUGCGGUGUGUUUGCUGGAUAUGUCACCACCUCGGGCGAGAACUGGAGGAGGGAAUACCUAGCCUGGCCAUUGGUUGAUUUCACAGAUGCCGACUUGUCGUUAGAUUGCGGGAUGGUCCCAAGACACCUCAGGGAGCCAAUUGUUGCUGAGCGUAUCUCGUUGGUAGCUGAUAAGAUCACUUUUCCUCUCAAGAAUGAAUAUGAAAGGGUCAACACCACGCUUGAAGGAAUAAAGGACAUUGCCUCCUCACGCGAGGGUCCUGAAGUCCUCGGAAUGGUGGAUGUCGACACCCCCAAGCCUCGUCUUCAUUAUGUGUCCGAAGGCUAUCUGCGUUAUUCAGAGGGUACUGCAGGCGAUGGUAACAUUUAUGUUGACGACGCGAAGCUCACUUCCAAGGACGCGUCAAAGGUGACCGACACGAGCGGCGCAACUGGUGGUAAUGCUCCGAUUGAAACCCGCGAGGACCGCGAGGACGAACUCGCGGAGUACUCCCCUGAUGAUGUUCCCGCAGCGUAUCCCUUGGAUCCUGAAGCAGAAGAGGUAGAAAGGUACGCGCGGGAAAGGGGGGUUGAAUCAGAUGCAGAGACCGAGGUUGAACCUGCUGCGCCCGGGGUUGAGGUAGAGAUUGAUCAUGAGAAUGAUUAUCAGUUCUACAGUGAUGGCUUCGAGGUUCCUGAAUGGGAAGAAAUUGUUCCAGAAGGGAUGAAGGUUGAUGCGGUUCCGUGUGUACCUAUCUUUGACAUUGGAGAAAGACUCGCUAAAGACCUCCUACAGAAGGGAAUGACAUCAAGAAAGGAUGUAUUGAACGCAUUGAAGUUGGCCAGUCUGAAAAUAAGGGUUAACUACAGGGCCAUUGAUGUCUCAGGUCAGGCCGCCCGGAAGAUGCUUGACACUUGGGUGUUUGGGCUUUACAACAGGGGAGGGGUGGUUGGUAUUACCAACGACACGAAGCGAAGGCCAUGGUUAUCCAGAUUGGUCACGGCCAUGAUCAGGGCUGAAAGGCCCGGAUUUGAGUUCAGUGCAUUCUCUAUCAAUCAAAACUUGGAGAUUGGCAUGCAUAGAGACACCACUAACUUAAAAGGUACGUUGAACGCUCUGAUAGGUCUUAACAAGUUUGCAGGGGGACAAUUGUGGAUUGAAGAUUCAAAGGGGAACAUCGAGAAUAUCCCUCUCGAUAAGCUCACCAAGGAUGGAACCACUAAGGUCCCUGGGAGACUUGUUGCGACAUCCGAGAAAGCCGUGACAUUCAAUGGUAGGAAGUGGCAUUGCGUAGAACCGCGACACAACUCCCUGCUGGGCGACGCCCCAGGGAUUCGAGCAGUUCCGGCAAUGCCUUGCGUCGAGACAUCGGUCCAGGGGCACAACGAGAAGAUCGCAAAAGAAGAGGAAGAAAUCUUGGAUGCGAUCCUUUCGAGGUUGGCCCUGGUAUCUAGACCGGUUGGCAGAAAAGAAAUGCUUGAGAAUCCUAAAGCUGUAGAGGCGGUGAAGAAGGAAUGGACUGGGCUCAACAAACGUUGUUGGGAAUUCGAGUCCAUGAGGGAGACGGAUGAUGUUGCCAGGGAAGCUCGGGAAUCAGGGGAAGAACUACACUUUGCUAGAGCUCAUACCAUCAUGGUGGAAAAGCAUCACAUUUUGGAUGAGGAUGAUCCUCGGCGUAAGUUCAAAGCCCAGGGGGUAUCUCUAGGUAACCAGAUGACAGAUCAAUCCAACGAAGCAGCUGUAUUCUCUGAUCUAGGCAGUUCGCCUGCGUCCUUUGAGGCAUCUAGAUGGGCUGACUUCUACGGUAGCUUGAAGGGUAACAGUUGUCAGACCGCUGAUGCCAUACAAGCUUAUCUACAAGCCCUGCUUCUUGGCCGCGAGUGUUGGAUGGAAUUACCGCCCGAGGCUAUCCCCGACGAAUACAAGAAAUUGUAUAAUUCUUUUAGGAGACCGGUUGUCCUCUGUACCCAUGCUAUCUACGGACAUCCUGAUGCUGGCACGAGUUGGGAAGUCUAUUGCGAUGAAGCUGUUAAGAAACAAGGGUUUGAGCCUAUUGGCGAAAAUUGGCCCUCUGUGUACUUCCACAAGAAGCUCAAAUUGUUGCUAGAUAUUUACGCGGAUGACCUGAAGAUGGCUGGUCCUACGCAAAACCUGAAGGGUG